UGAGCGGGUUAUAUUUGGCCCGACCCAUUAUUUCGGACCUGGGACACUCAUAAACCCGCCUCUUUACUAGUUACUACUGCUAGAUUUUUGCAGUUGAUUUUGGGGCAUGGUUUCUCGGUGUCAACAUCGUUCACCAUCUAUGACAACCUUGCAUCUAAAAAAAUCAUUGUGUGCCAAACUCCGUGAUUACGAAUAUAGCAAGGUUCUUGAGCAUUACAUUGGGUUAUGAGUUAGCAAUGCAGCAUUUGGAAUCAUCAAAUUCGAUUGCACAGCUAAGUGGUAUCCAUUUUGAAGAAGAAUUUCAAAGGUUGCCAAUGGAAAAUACUGAGUCUGCUUCCCAUAUUAAGUUACCAGAGUUUAAGAGGUAUAGAGUCUCUGUUGUUCGUGAUUAUCCUUUAGGGUGUGGACCAUUUGCUCACCUGAGUAAUUUGAAUGCGGAUGGUAUGGAGAAGAUUUCACAUAGAAAAUAUCCUCCUCGAUGUGUAGAAGUUGUUCGGGAUUUUCCUCCUUUCUGUGGGAUAAAUGCAUCUCCAGUGGCCAGGAAAUUCAGCCAAGAGAAAUCAGUUAGGGGUUAUAUCUCCUCAUCAUCAAAGACAGUGAAGAAUAAUGAGAAACAAACAGGACUUCCGAACAAAGUUCAACCUAACACUGAGAAGAAAAUUGGAGGAAAGUCUGUACCAGCAAAGGCUGCCUGUCAAAGUGCAAGUGAUACAAGGAAGGAGUAUUAUCAGCAUGAUGAAAAAGAACAUAAGAAUGUGAUUCCAAAAUCACAUAGUACAGAUCCUGCUCCUUUUGGCUUUAGUAGUUCAAGCCAAAGGAGUCAUGAUAAUGACACAAGUGAAGGGAACAUGGUAAAGGAGAUAUUGCACUUGUUCCGAGAUGAAUGUGACAAGCGCUUGCUGGAGGAAGAAAGGAGAAGGUCAAAUGGAGUGAAAAAUAUUCACCGUAGGGUUGAUUUGGAAGCCUUUAAGGUCCUCAAGGAUAGAGGACUCUUUGUAAAAUCAGGCAAAAACGUCAUAGGAGAUAUCCCAGGAGUCAAAGUUGGUGAUAAGUUCCAGUACCGCGUUGAACUUAUCCUUUGUGGCCUACAUCACCAGACCCAAGGUGGUAUAGCUUAUGGGAAUUUUGGUGGAAAGGUCCUUGCAACCAGUAUCGUAGCAUCUGGUGGCUAUGCAGAUGAUUUGCAAAGUAAGGAUUCGUUAAUCUAUACUGGCCAGGGAGGAAAUCCUGAACGGGGAAAGGACCCUCAAGACCAGAAGCUUGAACGGGGAAAUCUUGCUUUAAAGAACAGUGUGCAAAAGAAUCAUGUCAGAGUGAUUCGUGGCUCCGAACUAGUGUAUGGAAGCAGGACAUAUGUGUAUGAUGGAUUAUAUAUGGUGGAGAAAUGUUGGCAGGAAAGGGGUGCUCUUGGUAAGCUUGUCUUCAAGUUUCAAAUGAACAGAAUUGGAGGCAUUGGAAAUUGAUGUCGGAGGUGCAUGUUUGAACUUGGUAUACAAGGAAGAAUGCCAGCCAGUAUCCGAACCAUCUACAGGAGCAAAGCAGAUGUUAGUGAAUCGGAUUUCCCAGUUAUAUAUGUGACAGGUAGAGUAGAGAAACUCUACUUUUGUGAAGAACUUGACAGUGAGGCAUAGGUGCACUAAGAUAUAGUGCAAAGCUUGUUAUCGAUGUAAUUUGUCUAAAUCUGAUGUAGGCAAUAUUACGAGACAGUUAUAUAUGUGAAUGCUGUGAUGAGUUUGAUAUUGCUCAUACUUUGCUUGCUAGUUGCAGAAGGUGGCAAUUCCUCU